UUAAGAAGGGAGUUUUUUUUUGUCAAAACAGUAAAGUAGAAAAGUAAAUUUAGAAAAAUAUUAAAUUUACUAUGAUUGAAUUGAAUGAUCUUCCAAAUGAAAUUUUGGAAUUUAUACUAAGUUAUCUGCCUCCUUAUAAGGAUCUUGAAGUAUGUAGGAAUGUUUGCAGACGAUGGGAUGAGGCAGUAAACAAUGUAUUAUAUAGGGGAAAAAUUAAUUUUUUGAAAGGUUUGACAGACUACUAUCUUUGUUGGACAACCCACACAUCAAGUCAAAUCUUUCCAAGUGGAAGAUUUUCUCAUGCUUACUGUGUUCAUGAAGAUUCUAUGUAUAUAUUUGGUGGUGGGUCAUCAUCUGAUACAACGUUCAAUGACUUGUGGCGGUUUGAUCUUUCUAAAAGGCAGUGGAUAAGACCAGUAACAAUGGGAAGCUAUCCAUCUCCAAAAGGAUCGGCAACAAUGAUACCCUAUCAAAAUAAACUCAUAUUAUUUGGCGGAUGGAGAUACCCAUCAUUUCACCCACCACAUCAACCAUGGUGUCUGUUUGAUGAGUUGCACUGCUACGAUAUCAAAGAAAAUCGAUGGUUUGUUCAAAAUUCUUUAAUAACUCCACCAUUAAUAGCCGGUCAUUCGGCCUCACUGCAUGGCGAUCAAAUGAUAAUAUUUGGAGGGUAUCAAUGUGAUGAUGGACAAAACACUAGUUCAAACGAUGUCUGGUCAUUAGAUUUAAAAACAUUUCAGUGGCGAAAACCUAUUAUCGUAGGCGCCAGCACAAAUAGCAGACCAGCUCCAAGAUAUGGUCAAAUGCAAAUAGCCCUAGAUGAGUUCCACUUAAUGAUAAUGGGAGGCUCUGGUGGAUUCAACAAUUUAUUUAGUGAUUGUUGGAUUUUAGAUAUGACCAAAGAAGCAUGGCAGUGGCAUAAUAUACCUGUUAGGAAUCGUAAGUGGGCUGCUACACAUAUGUGGAAUAGUCCUGCAUGUCGAAUUGGAAACAAGAUAAUUGUUUGCGGUCCAACGCCAAGUGUUCCAGCAGAUUUUCAAAUAUUAAAGCAAAAAAGUAAUAAUUCUUUAAAUAGACUAGGUAUUGAAGUUGGAAGAGGUUUACGAGGUCAGAAUGGCGAUUUAGAUAAUAAUGAAAGGAAUCGAUUUCAAAUACGUGAUAUAGACCAAAUAAAUAUAAGGGGACUUGAUGAAAGGAGGCAAGCUGCUGUUCCGAGAAAUUUAAACAAUAUUGGACAACAGCAGCUUUUAAAUAAUAAUAUACCAAUCAGGAAUAAUAUUCCAAAUGACAUGAAUGUUUAUAAUAAAAAUAGCAAUAAUAACAAUAAUGAUAUUGUAAAUGAUGAUAAAGGUGGUAACGAUAAUAGCAGCCAUAAUUGUAAUCAAAAUUUUGAAGUUGGAGAAGCGCUUCAAAAUCCUGUACCAAAAACUGAAAAUUCUAAAGAUUCUCUUGUUCGACCUAACUGCCAGUUUUCUCCAGAAUUGCAUGGCUCUCUACGUAGUCAAUUACAUCAUCAGCAAGGACUCAAUGAUGCUGUAAAUCGCCUACAGAGAAACUUAGCUCUUCGUGCAAGAGAUAAUGAUGUGAAACUGCCAUUGAGAUUUAAUGAGCAACAAGAUGGUCGCAUUUGUAUGGCUGCCUUUAACGUACAACAAAAUAAUCCUAUUCGAAUACAGAAAGAAUAUCGACAACAAGAGCGUGUUCGUCGCUUAAAUGAAAAACUCAAUCAAUUUCGCAAUGCGAAAAAAAAACAAGAAGCUGCAGCUGCGGCCGAAGCUGCUGCUUUAGUUGAUAAAGCGAAUAAUGAAACUCAAGAGCAACGUCAAUUACAACACAACCGUCCAAUUCAUGGUGCUCAGCAUCAACAAAAACCUCAAUCAGAAGAACCAAAGCCAAAACGAGCAAAACGAAAUGUUUUAGGAAUGUUCGUUUGUGAUAUUUCAAAUAUUCUUAAUUCGAAUGAUCCAUUUUUAGAAUGGCUUGAAUAUAAAAAUUAUGGAAUUCUUUCGGGGGCACCAGAGAGACUCAUUUUUGCUUCCAUGAUUCCUGGUAAAAAUGAAUUGAUAUUAUUUGGUGGUGUUCAAAAAGAAUCAUUAUGUUCGAAACAACAUAAAGUUUCAAAUUUAAUACAUUUCCUUAGCGUCCCUAAAGAAAUUAUAUAAAACAAGAAACGAAAAACAAAAACGAGAAAGAAAUAAAAUUUUAUUAAGAUAUGUUACAAGUUAAAAACAAAAAUUAAUUUUAGUAAAACUUGCGAAAGCUAAAAAUCUCUUAUUUGAUCUUCAAAGUUACGUUUUUAUUUUAAGUGCGUAUUGUGAAUGUUUUGAACUGUUAAGAUAUAAGAAAUUGAAUUUUAAGUAUGUAUGUAUGUUAUUUUACGGCAAAUAACAUAGAGAAUAUUGUGUACCUAACAGUUAAUAAAUAAAUGCGCUUUUAGAAAUUUUA